CUCAUUCCGUUCGCAGUAGCUCAGUGAGAUGCAUGAAACGUAGUAGCAGUGUCAAGAAUGUCUCGAACAUUGCAUCAUGAUCGUUAAAAUUUUCACAUAUGUUGCAUGUUCUGCAUCUUUCGAGUGCAUUGUCUAGACGUUUUAUUUGAAUUAGUGAUUUUUUGGUGUUUAAUUUUAGCUGUGAUAUAUAUUUUUUUGACAUUUCUGUCCACGUGGUGCAUUGUCACAACGGGUCUACGUGUUGGUUCUUUCACAAGAAUUGUGCUUAAAUUGUAGUCUCGAAACAAAGAAAUGGAUUCCUUGAAUAUGUCGAAGUUAAAUUUGUCAAGCGUCCGAAGCGCUGUAAACGAUAAUGCAUCUAAACAGGACAUUUGCCAACCAAAGUUUGAAUCAAAUGUAUUAACAGAUCCAGAUGAUGAGCACUAUUGUGAGUACCGUGAGGAGAUCUGGAAGAAUCUUUUGGAGCAAGAUGCUGAAAAACCAAUCAUACACCUUCAGUCCCCACAAUUGGAGUUCAGAGGCGCUUUAGUGCAACAGCUGCGUGACGUCACAAAAAAGCUUGGGCUAACUGUGGCGACCUUACACUCGGCUGUGGCUCAGCUAGACCUGUUCAUGGACGCUCACAGACUGAGAGCUGAUAGACUGACGCAUGUGGCGCUGGCCUGUCUCAGUCUAGCUGCAAAAAACGAAGAGAAAAUCAGCAGAGCGCCAACCCUGAAGACGUUGUCCAAAAUAAGCGGAGUCCAGUUGUGCGGGAAGACUUUCAGACAGCUGGAGUGGAUGGUCGGCCAGCACGUCCGGUGGAGACUGCUGGCGCCGACCCCUGUGACCUUUGCAGCACUGCUGGCCCAAUACGUCAUCACGGACAGCGACCUAACGACCCGCCACCCUAAAUUCGUGCGGCGCUUCAAACGUGACGGAGCCAAACUGCUGGAGGCGUAUCUGGAUUUGACGUUAUCUGAUGUCCGUCUCAAAGUGGUGGAGUGUGUCGACGUGGGUUGUGCUUGUGUUGCGUGCGCACGCGCAGAUCUAGGGCUCUCUGCGUGGCCCGCUUGGCUCGCGGGGCGCUCGGGGCGGAGUCACGCACAUGUAGCACCCAUAGCGAGGCUCUUACAAAGGAUGAUGCAGAUCUUAAAGUCUCGUGAGGCUGGUGAUUCAGAGAUCGACCAAGGCUACAGCAGCGCUAGGACGUCGCCGAACAUAACACCCUGUACAUCACCACAGUAUCAAAUAUCACCGGCAUCGAGCACAUGCAGUACAUCAUCCAGGAGCUACCUGAAUGUGGACACGUCAUACCGCCAGCGGCCAGUGCGGCCUGACAAUCCGUACGCCGUACUAGACUUAGAUAACAGUGCACCAAUAUUACCAAAUCACGAUUACUACAUACCAACCAUAGAAAACUGUCAGCGGGUGAACAACCCGUCUGACUAUAGAUACUGCAGGGCGAGUAGACUCAUUGACUACGACAGUCAACAGGCUACGAGCAUGGCUGUGAAGAGAGGUCUAGAUGGUAACGUAGAUUUAGAUAGGAAACGGUAUCGACUGACGUCACAAAUGUCACAAGUCGUGCUCUGAUCGCUGCCUGUCAAUGUCAUCUAUAAACUGUCAUAGACAAUUAUUAUUUUUUUCAUUCGAAGGCAACUAAGAAUUUAGCUUGGCUAUUUAUAUAUCAUACAAUGGCUGUAUGUAUUAGAUACAUAUUUUUUACAACAGGACCAUCACAAAAUAUUUUUUUUAUUAUAAUAAUAAUUAUAUAUAUAUAUAUAUAUAUAUAUAUAUAUAUACAGUGGAUUUGGGCUAUAACGACGAUGAAGGGACCACUGUUAUUUCGUCGUUACAUCCGGAUGUCGUUACAGGCAAAGGCAAAAAGACACAGACAUGUUCAUGGUUUAUAUUCAUUUAUUUUUAAAAAUAUUUGCACACAUAGUUAUUUACUGAUACAUUUAAAAAAUUGUGUAAUAUUACUUUGUUUCAAUUUAUUUUUUUGCGCUAGCAUACGCUGUAGGGUGUAUUCUAUUUUCAUUGCUCCUUCAAUGUCUAUAUUAUCCUCUCCAUCACCAAAUAGACAAUAUCUUUUGAGCCUUGUCACUGCACAUAACACAUCCUCAGUUGUAGGAAUCUCACCUUCCUUGUCAUCUUCUUCUUCCUCCUCAUUUUCCUCAUCUUGCGUCGUAGGUGAUGAAGCAACAGUUUCAACAAUUUCAAUAUCAGUCAAAUUGCUAGUGGUGAUAAGCUGACUGUCAAUAUUGACAUAUGUUUCCCAAUCCGGAACAUAGGUUCCGCUUGACGAUGCUGUCAGCUGUGCCAAUGG